CAAAAACAUAAUACAGUCACUCUACGUGGGAUACACAAAUAAACUACUAUAAAUUAGUCCGCGUAUCCCAUAGACAUUUAUAACUUUAAAAUCUCAAGUCUCUCAAUUCAAAUCUCCAUUUCUGACAUUCAUAUCAACAACUAUGGCGCGCCCUAACGUUCUCUUCCUCUCCCUCCUUUUCAUCGCCACCGUCUCUGUCGUCGCAUUCGCUGAAGAUUGCGUCUACACACUUAACGUCAAAACCGGAACGAUAAGUGAGGCCGGCACAGAUGCGAAGGUAAGCAUUAUAAUCGCCGACAAAGACGGUAAUAAGGUCCAAAUCCAAAACCUAGAGAACUGGGGUGGGUUAAUGGGACCAGGUCACGACUACUUCGAGAACGGUAAUCUAGACGUUUUCGCUUCAAAGGCCACGUGUCUUGCGAGCCCAAUAUGUUUAUUGAACGUGACCUCUGACGGCACCGGCUUCAUGCCCGGCUGGUAUCUUGACUACGUGGAUGUCACCACCGUUAGACCUGGAUCUACGUGCACACAUCGUUUCAAUGUGGACCAGUGGCUUGCGACCGAUGAGCCGCCCUAUAGCCUAAAUGUCAUACGUAACCGCUGCGCGGGUAAGGUGAGUAGUAACGUCGGUCAGGUGGUCGGGUCUGAGAUCCGGAAGAGUCUCUCUUGAAUCGUAUGGAGUCAAUGAAGACCUGUGAACGUGUUAUGGGUAAAAUAUGUAAUAUGUAAUGUCAACUGAAUAAACUCUUCUGUCGUGUUUGUAAUAAUUGUGAUUUCAAUUUGAAUAAACUCGACUUGUGGACACAUGAUGGGUAUUUUUUUUUUUUUUGUCUUUGAGAUAUAAUAAAAAUAACUGUAGUAAUAUUUUACUUAGGG